CUCCUCCGGCGGGCAUCCCCUGCCCCGAGCGCUUCUACGGACGGCAGCGGCAGCGGGGCAGCGCCAUGGGGGCCGCAGCGGGGCUGGGGCUGGCGGCCGUGCUGGCGGCGGCCGCGCUGUGCGGGCCCGGGGCGCUCGCCGGGCGCGUCCUCAGCGGUCAAAAGGUGUGCUAUGGUGCCUUCAAGCGCUCAUGUUACAAGUUAGCCUAUUUCCAGGACUUGUCUAGACGUGUGGGCUUUCAGGAGGCCCGCCAGGCUUGUGAGAUGGAUGGUGGGGCUUUACUGAGCUUGGAAAGCGAAGCUGAGCAGCAACUGAUAGAAAACAUGUUACAAAACCUCACUAAAUCAGGCUCUGGGAUUUCUGAUGGUGAUUUCUGGAUCGGGCUCUGGAGGAGUGGUGAUGGACUGGCCACAUCAAGUGUUUGCCCCGACCUCUACCAGUGGGCUGAUGGAAGUAUUUCACCCUUCAGAAAUUGGUAUACAGAUGAGCCUUCCUGUGGAAGUGAAGCCUGUGUGGUGAUGUAUCAUCAGCCAACUGCAAACCCUGGUCUGGGAGGGCCAUACCUUUAUCAAUGGAAUGAUGAUAGAUGCAACAUGAAGCACAAUUUUAUCUGCAAAUAUGCCCCAGAUUAUGUCUUAGAAAAAGAAUUAGGAGACAGAGCGGAGCCAGAUUACGAUACUAUUCCAACAGUGCCAGCAGGAAAUCCUUAUGACACAAGUAAACCAGAAGAUCAGUAUCACAUUAUUGCUACUGAAACAGGUAUAAUUCCGAAUCUAAUUUAUGUUGUAAUACCCACUAUACCAUUACUGCUGUUGAUACUGGUGGCUUUUGGGACUUGCUGUUUCCAGAUGCUUCAUAAAAGGGAAGCAAGGAGAAACUGCUUCAAAGACCCAUCUCCAUUAUCAUCUGAAUGCCUUGCAGAAAGUUUAAAUUCCAACCUGGUAUAUUUCUCAGUUUCUAUGAUUGCAUUUGAUGGUCAAAACAGCAAUAUGCUCAAGCUAUUUAUUGCAUCUUCCUUACCUUUCUUACUAAAAUAUAUUUCCUGAACCAGAUGUGUAGGUGGUGAAAAUCAGCAUAGGUUUGCUGAAGAUAAGCUCCUUUUAUACAGCUCAAGUUCUGAUCCAAGGUAUUUAGAAAUUGUUCCUACUGUGUGGCAAGGACUCUCCAUUCAAAGCAUUUCAUCAUUAAUUUACCAAGUAUGUUUGCAUUUGCUGUAUCAAUCUGGAAGGAAGUAGGGAAUCAGUCUCUUUAAGAAAGGAGUGCUGAAGCUCCUUAAUUCAUUGCAAUUGCUUUGUUUAUAGCAUUGUGGCCUGAUCUAAAGUCCACUGAAGCCAAUGGGAGUCUUUUCAAUAACUCCAAUGGGCUCAGGUACAUAAUGCACUGCUUUGUAGGACUACAGAGGUAAGUCUGGAGGGACUAAAACUACUGUACCAUUCAGCUCCCUCAAAGUACAUUUUAAAUCAACUCAGACUUGCUUGCUUUUACAAACCAGGAAAGGAGUAAACUGAAAAUUCAGAAAACUGAAUGUAUAGGACUGUUGGGACUCUGAAGUUGCCAGCUCACAGAGUAAUGUAGGGCUACUUCUCCUCCUCUGGUAAUUACUUAAUUGGAAAAGAACCUGUCAGUGUGAAAUAUUCUAGCCAGAGAGUAAAACAUUUUGAUUGAAAUGCAGCUGCAGUGGCUCAUGAAAUGCCUCUUUCCAGUAGGCUGCAGUGCACUGUUACUUGCCAGUGUACAUGAGGGAAGGUGGUGCAUGCUCCCUGUAAAGAUGAGAGUGAACACUUUUUUAAAAUAUUGCAGAGCACCUACUUUUAGAACCAGUUUCCCCCCCCAUCCAAACCACAAUUGAAGGAAAACCAGCCCUAGUGAAGCUUUCUACCAGUCAUUCAUUGCUAGGAGUCUGACUCAUGCACCAUCACUUCAUUAGAUGCCAGGUCAAGCCCUGAAGGGAAGAAGCUUUCUGGCACUGACACCCAUUAGUGUUCUGGGGUCCCAGGGGUGCAGGUGCAGGGUGCACGUGGGCAGGGUUGGGGUACCUCCCCUGGGGUGGGUUUGGGCUUCACCCUGAGCCCCUUGGGCAGCGCUGAGGGGGGUGUGUGUGUGUCUGGUCCCCCCUACAAGGGAAGCACUCAGCUCCCGCCAACCCUGGUCAAACUGUGUCCACACCUAUCCUGGGAAAGACCACUUUAUAAGAGAAGGUGUGGUUAAAUGGGAACUGGAAAAAAACCCCAAAACCCCAAAAUGAAUGAAAUAUGGGCCAAGUUAUCACAGUUCUUGGGAGUAGCACUGCUAAGCAGGGUGGUCUGGUAACUUUGGUAACAGUUGCUUACCUAAACCCACCAUGUGCCACUGUGGAUGGGGAACCUCCUCUGUGAAAGCAACAAAAAUGGCCUUCAGAUGUGGGGGUGAAACAAUCAGGUCUGAUCACAAACCUGAAUCGGGGUUGCAAAGGCACA